GAUGACAUUGGUGUGAUGUAGGUGGAGUUGAAGGAGUGUGUGUGUGUGCACGUGUGUGUGUUUCCCGCUUGUUGGUAUUUCACACACACGCUACAGCGUCGCUGUUUCUGCUCCUCUGGACUGAACAUGUUCAUCAGCCUCUGGAUCGUCACACACACUCGCACACACACGCUCUCACACUGGCACACACUCACUCGCACACACACACUCUCACACACACUCGCGCUCCUUCCCCCCUUCCCUCAGGAACAUUUUGGAUCUUUGCUUCAAAUGUCUUUGCUUUAAUGGGAAUAAUACACCUUUAUAUUCUGAGCAAUACUGCAAGUUUCCAACUCUGGGAGAAUCCUACAGAACCUGCAGAACCUGCAGAACCGUUUACAUGAGGAAAAGAGAAGCUUUUUGCAGGAUAAUCAGAGCUGGCUGUGAACGGUAACUGAAGAGCUGCUGUGUGACGCCUCACAUCCAUUUUAAACCUCACAAAACUCGAGGAUCUGAAAAGAAAAUUAUUUUAAAUUUUUAAAAAACCCUAAAAAGAGUGCGAAGCUGCUGUCUACGUGGACCGGAGCUGAAGUCUCGCGCCUCGCGGCCAAGAGGAGCUUGAGCUCAGCCAAAUCCAGAGAAAUGGCGACAAACGGCGCUAAAACUGCCACGUCGGACGGACAGGUGGCGAUGGAGAUGAACGAGGUCACGACCCAUGACAGAGUCAAACCAGAGGAGGUGCAGGAGGAACACAACGACGACAAGAAGAAGAAGAACAAGGAUAUUCCUGACAGGGAAACGUGGGUGGGGAAGUUCGACUUCCUUCUGUCUUGUGUAGGAUACGCCAUCGGGCUGGGGAACGUCUGGAGAUUCCCGUACCUGUGUGGGAAAAACGGUGGAGGCGCUUUCUUGAUUCCUUAUUUUCUGACCCUCAUAUUUGCCGGAAUGCCCCUGUUCCUCCUGGAGUGUGCGCUGGGUCAGUACACGUCCAUCGGCGGACUUGGGGUGUGGAAGUUGGCGCCGAUGUUCAAAGGAGUGGGUCUGGCUGCAGCAGUGCUCUCCUUCUGGCUCAACAUUUACUACAUCGUGAUCAUCGCUUGGGCUUUGUACUACCUGUACAACUCCUUCACCACCGAGCUUCCAUGGAAAUCCUGCAGCAAUCCAUGGAACACAGAGAGAUGCUUCACAAACUACAGCAUUGUGGACACCACCAACCUGACCAGCGCCGUCAUGGAGUUCUGGGAACGCAAUGUACAUAACAUCACUGAGGGUUUGGAGAAACCGGGGCAGAUCCGCAUCCCGCUAGCCAUAACGCUGGCCAUUGCUUGGGUCCUGGUUUACUUCUGCAUCUGGAAGGGUGUUCGCUGGACUGGAAAGGUGGUGUAUUUCUCAGCCACGUAUCCCUACUUCAUGUUAUUUAUUCUGUUCAUCCGCGGAGUCACGCUUCCCGGAGCCAAAGAAGGGAUCCUGUUCUACAUCACACCUGAUUUUGAGAAGCUUAAAGAGUCUGAGGUCUGGCUGGAUGCUGCGACGCAGAUCUUCUUCUCGUACGGUUUGGGGCUUGGCUCUCUGAUCGCGCUCGGCAGCUACAACCCUUUCAACAACAACGUUUACAGAGACUCUGUCAUCGUGUGCCUUAUAAACUCAUCCACCAGUAUGUUUGCUGGAUUUGUCAUUUUCUCCAUCGUGGGUUUCAUGGCUCAUGUGACUAAGAGAUCGAUAGCUGACGUAGCUGCUUCAGGUCCAGGCUUGGCGUUUUUAGCGUAUCCUGAAGCUGUGACACAGUUACCUAUCUCCCCGCUGUGGGCCAUCCUCUUCUUCUCCAUGCUGCUCAUGCUGGGAAUCGACAGCCAGUUCUGUACAGUAGAAGGCUUCAUCACCGCCCUGGUGGACGAGUUCCCGGCGCUCCUGAGGAAAAGACGAGAGAUUUUCAUUGCGUGUGUGUGUGUCGUGUCCUAUAUAAUCGGCCUCUCCAACAUCACACAGGGCGGCCUUUACGUCUUCAAACUCUUCGAUUAUUACUCUGCCAGCGGCAUGUCUCUUCUCUUCCUGGUUUUCUUUGAGUGCAUCUCCAUCUCCUGGUGUUACGGUGUGAAUAAAUUCUACAGUAACAUCGAGGAGAUGAUCGGAUAUAAACCCUGCAUAUGGUGGAAACUCUGCUGGGUUUUUUUCACUCCUCUGGUUGUUGCAGGAGUCUUUCUGUUCAGCGCCGUCCAAAUGGUUCCUCUCAAAAUGAAUAACUACGUGUUCCCAGCAUGGGGCCAGGGGGUCGGCUGGCUCAUGGCUCUCUCCUCCAUGAUCCUCAUCCCAGGAUACAUGGCUUACAUGUUCCUCUCCACCAGGGGAAGAUCUAAAGAGGAAGCGAAGAAUCAGGAGAACAGACCUGAGCUGCAGCAGCAGGGUGAAAAUGCCAUCACCGUGUACCCCAGCAACGCACACGCCCCCAACACCGAGCAAUCACCGAGCGUGUAAACGCCCCCAACACCGAGCAAUCACCGAGCGUGUAAACGCCCCCAACACCGAGCAAUCACCGAGCGUGUAAACGCCCCCAACACCGAGCAAUCACCGAGCAACAGCACACAGGACUUCCAUCUUUCUACAGUAAUAGAGUCAUCUACCUCCAGGGGCCAAUCACCAUCCACUUCAAUCGUAAUAAUAAUAAUAAUAAUAAUAAUAAUAAUAAUAAUAAUAAUAAUAAUGCAGUUGUAAAGGUUAAAAACACAAAGGCAACGUGUGUUAGUGUUGGAAAAAAGGAAUUUUUAAAAAAAAGCGUUCUGUAGACGAGUGUUAAAGCCGUGAGUCGCGUCCGAGGUCCGAGCUUCAUGCCGAUAAACACAAUACUGUGACCAUAAAGAGGGUCAGACACACCUUCAUCACCUUUCAUCCUUUCUACAGUGUAAUAAUGAAUACAUUAAAGCAGUUUUAUUUUGGAAUAUUUAAUUUAAUUUAAAAUUACAUUAAAAUUUAAUAUUUAAUUUUGCAGUAUUUGUCCUCUACAUUUUUAGAGGCAUUCUUUUUAAAUUAAUUUCAUUUAAAUUUAAUUUCGUUUGAAAGUCAUUUCCGAUUAUUUUCUGAAUCUCUUUGGUGUUUUGUAAUCAUUUUUGACAAAUUUCAACCUUUUGUCCUCUGGAUAUUAAACUGACCCUAUUUUGAAGGAGGACUAAUUUAAAUUCAGUAUUUAUUGUGCACACGUCUUUCUUAAUAAAGACGAUCAUGCAGUGAGAGAGUGUAAAUGAACAUAAACAAUUUACAGGCUAUGGUUUUUAAUGAUAUGAUAUUCUGACAUUUUGGGGUUUGCUCAGUUAUUGUGAUGUGAAAACAGGAUAUCGGCUAGUGGAGAUAAAAGAAGAAAAAGCAACGUCGACAUGUAAUUAAUAUUAAAUGGACUUUAAGUGUAGAACGUGAGAACAUGAGAGCCGAGCUGUACUGUAACCAUGAGCGUUAUUCUCUGAUAUCAAGCACAAAGCCCUUGGAACUCGUUUAUUCGUCAUCUGAUAUUUUUGUUAGAGAGACUGUUACUAUUUUAUUUUUCUGGAAAAUAGCAAAAAAAAAGAAAACUGCUAGAAAAUCUAUUGUAUGUGAUCCAAUCCAUUUUUAGAGACUUUUUAGGAUGUUUUGUACUUUAAUGUUGUGAUCGAGGACCAAAAGCAAAAACAUAUCUAUGCCAUUCAGUGUGUAGAUAAAACAGGACAGGGUAAAGAAUAUUAAAUAUAUAAAAAAUAAAAUAAAGGAAAAAAACAGGGUUUAUAGUGUCAGCAUCUGUCUGUUGAUCAGUCGCCGUCCACCUCAGUCCUGUUUAUCUACUCCUGCUUCUGAGACGAAGAAAAAAUCUGGGAAUUAACUGAUGAAGGAACAAAUUUCUGAGUUCAGAGAAACUGAAUUCAUGAUGCCUGAAAAAAGUCAACAAAUUUUCAAAAUGCAACCCUUUUUUUAUUUGUAAAAGUCAAAAUGUAGGAAAUUCAUCUAAAACAAAUAAACAAACAAACCUGGAUUUAAUCAGAACUGAGUUCUGGCCAAUCAGAAUACAUCUCUGACAUCACAAAAGUCCAGGAUUCGGACUCUUAUUUCUGGACAAUUGGACAAUUAACGUCCAUCAUCUAACGCUGGCACUGUGGAGAAUUAACGAUUAAAAAUAAAUAACGAUCCAAAAAUAUUUGGAAUCAAAUUUCAUAAGUUUAUUGGUUGUUAAAUUGUCCCUCUGCAUACAAUAAUUUUUGUUUAUACGUAAAUAUAAAUACACUCUCUAAAUUAUUUGUUCAACUUUCUAAAAGAAUGAUUUGUAAUGAUUGUGAUGAUAGUUUUUUGAAAGUGCAUUUUUUAUUAGACAGAAACAUCAGACCUGAGAUGUGUUCUGAUUGGCUGAGAUUUUCCAUAACUGAAUUUCUAAUUAAUUAGAAAAUUAGAAAAUUCUUUAACAACAAAAAAACAAAAAUAAAAACACCAUACAUUUUUUUUACAGCAUGCAAUCUGCUACUGCUCUGAUUUCAUACUUAUUUUAAAACAUUUAGUUAAUUAAUUCAUUUGUUGAUUGGCUGAUUAAUUGAUGAAUACAUUUCCAGUAAAUUUUUACUAAACAUGAUGAUGAUGAUGAUGAUGUAAAAUUGUAGUUUAAUUUAUGUGCCAAACUGUUAGACCAUAUCUGUGAAGCAAACAAAAAAAAGUGCACCUCUGUGAACGUUUACAAUGCAAAACUUAUAACUUGGAAUUUUCUGGAAAAGCACAAGUAGGAAUUCUGUGUUUCUGAGGUUGAGAUCAAGAAAAUGGAGUUUUGUGCAAAGGUUUCCCUGUGUGGAGAGGCGGAGUUUAUGAGAAUUCUGUGCUCUGCUCCGUGUCAGUGGGCGGAGUUAGGUAGAAUUGGGCUGAAUUAGGUGGAGUUAGGAUGAUGAUGAAGAUGAGGAUGAUGAUGACGUGUUUGUGUUUACGGCAGCUACGUGUGAGAGUUUCAAUCAGAAGCUGUUUACUCUUCAGACAAAAGCACCUACGAAAUGUGACACGGCUACGUCCUGUGAGAUUUGUAUAAAACUUCCUAUUUCCUCUUCUGGAGCUUUGUUGUAAACUGGUGUGGUUAAACCUGUACCCGUGAGCGUCUGUAACUCUCUCUUUCUGGAAGUUUCUGUCUAAAUGUUCUGAAACAUCUGAAAAAUAAAACCGCUGUUUGUUUUCCUGCAAUAAUAUUUUGAUCUCUGAAGGCGAAGCACAUAUCUUACGAGAAGUAAAAAAUGAAAGAUAGAAUUUGUCUAGUAAUAAAAUAAUAUUGUUUUGUAUAUUUUUAACUGUAACACUGCCUACAGUAUGUUAAACACACAGGAUCUGUAUUUAAAUGGUGUCGUAUGAUAAAGCACGAUUGUCAUGUUCUAAAUAAAAUGUACGAAUAAAGAAGAUUAAACAUGA